CACUCUACGGCAGUGGGUUUGGGUUGGUUUAUUGCCCUAAGAGGAGUCUCUGGGUUAAGCAUUUGACUACUAGCUGAAAGGUUGGUGGUUCUAAGCCACCCAGAGGUGCUUUUGGAGAAAGGCCUGGCGAUCUGCUUGUGAAAAAUCACUGCCUUGAAAACGCUGUGGUGUGCAGUUCUACUCUGCUCACAUGGGGUCACUAUAAGUCCGAAUGGACUCGACUGCAACUUUUUUUUUUUUUAAUUGUUCUAAGCUUUGAGAAUUCAAUGGAGAUGAAGCUGCUACCAUCCCUGGCUACAGGGAGUUUUUGUUCUAGUAAGGAAAAACAAGAAAACUAAACUUGUCCUCCAGUUGAUCCCAACUCAUAGUGGCCCUAUAGAACAGAGUAGAACUGCCUCAUGGUGUUUCCAAGGAGCGGCUGGUGGGUUCAAAUCACCGACCUUUUGGUUAGCUGAGUAGUUUAGCCUCUACGUCACCAGGGCUCCUCUAGUUAGGAAAGUAGACCAAAAAUAAAUAAAAAUAACAGAUAGCAAUAAAGUACUAUUUAGAAAAUUAGAAUAGGACCAUCUGAUAGUGGUUACUUCAGAAUGGUUAGUCAAGGAAAGCCUUUCCAAGAAGGUGAAUUUCACCUGAAAACUAAAUAACAGGAAAGAGCUAGGCAUGCAAAUAUCAGGGUGAAAAAAAAAUGCAUUCCGGGACAGAGCUUGGCAAGUUAGAAGAAUAGAAGGGAACCACUUUGUGGGUAAGAAGGAAAUUGGUGUGUGAUAGGGUUAGAGAGGUAGGCAGUGGCCAGAUCAUGUAAGCCAGGGUACUGAGUUGAGAUUUUAUACCACAUGUGAUGGGAAGCAUUCAUCUCAUUUAUGCUGACCUGUGAUGAAUGGACUGUGGUUGGGGGACUGGUCAAGAGACCAAUGCAUUAGUCCAAGGAAUUAUGAUGACGGCUUGGACUAGAGGGAUGAUAGUGGAAGUAAAGAGAAGUGGGGGAAUUUGGGAUGUGUUUGGAAAUAGCACACCUUGCUGAUGGAUUGGGUGUGGAGAAGUGAGGAAAGAAGAACAAAUGUUGACGUCUUUAGUUUUUGCUAAGAUGUGUUUAUCAAGGUGGUGAAGACUGGGGGAGCAGCAGAUUUAGAGAAAUGAUAAAUCAAAAUUUCUGUUUUGGCUAUAAUAGACUAUUUGUAGUGUUUAUGAGACAUCUAUGUAAAGGUGUCAUGUAAGCAUUCGAACAGACUAGUCUGGAGUUUCAGAGAGAGUCAGGGUUGAGUAAAGUCAUGGAAUAUAUUGGCGAAUAGCUAGAACCAUAUGAAAUUGACAUUUUUGGCCAAAAAUGGUUGAAGGCUGGCAGUUUCAUUGGUUUAGUUUCUUAGAUGGUAUUCAAAGCCACGGGACUGGACAAAGUCACUUCGGAAGAGCAUGUAGAGAGAAGAGAAAGAAGGAGGCCCAGAAACACUUAGAGGUUGGGCAGAAGAGUAGGAGCCAGCAUAAAUGUCUGAGAAGGAGCAACCAAUAGGAACCCAACUCAUCUCUCCAGGAAGGGGUAUCUGCAGAGAUGUCCCCAGUCCUUCACUUCUAUGUCCGUCCCUCUGGCCAUGAGGGUGCAGCCUCUGGACACACUCGAAGGAAGCUGCAAGGGAAGCUACCAGAGCUGCAGGGUGUCAAGACGGAGCUGUGCUACAAUGUGAACUGGACAGCUGAGUCUCUCCCAAACAGAGAGGAGAUGAAGAAGCUAAAGUGGCUAUUUGGCUGCCCCUUAUUGCUGAAUGAUGUCGCUCAGGAGUCCUGGCUUCUUCCUGGCCCUGAUGACCUGGUGUUGGAGGUCGGGCCCAGGCUGAACUUCUCCACCCCAACAUCCACCAACAUCGUGUCGGUGUGCCAGGCCGCUGGACUGGGGGCAGUGGAUCGCGUGGAGACUACCCGGCGCUACUGGCUCUCGUUUGCCCACCCCGCUCCGGCUGUGGUGAAGACUGUCGCUCUUGCUAUCCUGCAUGACCAGAUGACAGAGCAGUACUUCCCUCAUCCCAUCCAGAGCUUCUCCCCUGAGUGCACCCCCACACCCCUCAAUGGCCCCAUCGACAUACUGGGUGAGGGCCAGCUUGCCCUGGAGAAGGCCAACAAGGAGCUAGGUCUGGCCCUAGACUCUUGGGACCUGGAUUUCUACACCAAGCGCUUCCAGGAGCUGCAGCGGAACCCCACCACCGUGGAGGCUUUCGACUUGGCUCAGUCCAACAGCGAGCACAGCCGACACUGGUUCUUCAAGGGCCGGCUCCACGUGGAUGGGCAGGAGCUGGCUCACUCGUUGUUUGAGUCCAUCAUGAGCACCCAGGCAUCCUCCAAUCCCAACAACGUCCUCAAGUUCUGUGACAACAGCAGUGCCAUCCAGGGAAAGGAAGUCAGGUUCCUGCGGCCUGAGGACCCUACACAGCCAAGCUGCUUCCAGGAACAGCAGGAGCUGAGACACGUCGUCUUCACAGCAGAGACCCACAACUUCCCUACAGGAGUAGCCCCCUUCAGCGGUGCCACCACGGGUACUGGGGGCCGGAUCCGAGAUGUCCAGUGCACAGGCCGUGGGGCCCAUGUGGUGGCUGGCACUGCCGGCUAUUGCUUUGGAAACCUGCACAUCCCAGGUUACAGCCUGCCCUGGGAGGACCCAAGCUUUCUGUACCCUGGGAACCUUGCCCAGCCCCUGGAGGUUGCCAUUGAAGCCAGUAAUGGGGCUUCUGACUACGGCAAUAAGUUUGGGGAGCCAGUAUUGGCAGGCUUCUCCCGCUCCUUGGGCCUUCAGCUUCCUGAUGGCCAGCGGCGUGAGUGGAUCAAGCCCAUCAUGUUUAGUGGAGGCAUCGGGUUCAUGGAAGCCAAGCACGUGAGCAAGGAGUCCCCAGAGCCAGGCAUGGAGGUUGUGAAGAUUGGGGGUCCUGUGUACAGGAUUGGAGUUGGGGGUGGAGCUGCUUCAUCUGUGCAGGUGCAGGGAGACAACGCCAGCAACCUGGACUUUGGCGCUGUGCAGCGGGGAGACCCAGAGAUGGAACAGAAGAUGAACCGUGUCAUCCGGGCUUGUGUGGAGGCCCCCAGGGGAAACCCUAUCUGCAGCCUCCAUGACCAGGGCGCUGGUGGCAAUGGCAAUGUCCUGAAGGAGCUGAGUGACCCAGCUGGAGCCAUCAUUUACACCAGCCGCUUCCAGCUUGGGGACCCAACCCUGAAUGCCCUAGAAAUCUGGGGGGCUGAGUAUCAGGAGUCAAAUGCACUCCUGCUGAGGCCCCCUCACCGGGACUUCCUGAAUCGGCUCAGUGCCCGGGAACGCUGCCCGGCCUGCUUCGUGGGCACCAUCACAGGCGACAGGAGAAUAGUGCUGGUGGAUGAUCGGGAGUGUCCUGUGGGAAGAAGUGGCCAAGGGGACGGCCCCUCGGUGCCUCCCCCGACCCCAGUGGACCUGGAGCUGGAGUGGGUGCUGGGCAAGAUGCCUCAGAAGGAGUUCUUCCUCCAGAGGCAUCCCCCUGUGCUGCAGCCGCUGGCCUUGCCCCCGGGGCUGAGUGUGCGCUGGGCGCUAGAGCGGGUUUUGAGGCUGCCAGCUGUGGCCAGCAAGCGCUACCUCACCAACAAGGUGGACCGCUCCGUGGGUGGCCUGGUGGCCCAGCAGCAGUGCGUUGGGCCACUGCACACUCCUCUGGCAGAUGUAGCAGUUGUAGCCCUGAGUCACCAGGAGCUUGUGGGGGCUGCCACGGCCCUGGGGGAGCAGCCAGUCAAGAGUCUGCUGGACCCCAAGGUCGCUGCCCGGCUGGCCGUGGCAGAGGCCCUCACCAACUUGGUGUUUGCUCUAGUCACUGACCUCCGGGACGUGAAGUGCAGUGGGAACUGGAUGUGGGCAGCUAAGCUCCCAGGGGAGGGCGCUGCACUGGCCGAUGCCUGUGAAGCGAUGGUGGCAGUGAUGGCGGCCCUGGGUGUGGCAGUGGAUGGUGGCAAGGACUCUCUCAGCAUGGCGGCCCGGGUGGGCACUGAGACCGUGAGGGCUCCUGGGUCACUGGUCAUCUCAGCCUAUGCUGUGUGUCCAGACAUCACAGCCACUGUGACCCCAGACCUCAAGCAUCCUGGAGGGCGAGGUCAGCUGCUCUAUGUGCCUCUGAGCCCUGGCCAGUAUCGCCUGGGGGGCACGGCUCUGGCCCAAUGCUUCUCCCAGCUUGGGGAACAGCCUCCUGACCUGGACCUUCCUGAGAACUUGGUGCGUGCCUUCAGCACCACCCAAGGGCUGCUGAAAGACUGCCUCCUCUGCUCAGGCCAUGAUGUCAGCGAUGGGGGUCUCAUCACCUGCCUACUAGAGAUGGCCUUUGCUGGGAAUUGUGGGAUAGAGGUGGACGUGCCUGCCCCUGGGGUCGAUGUGCUGCCUGUGCUGUUUGCCGAAGAGCCAGGCCUGGUACUGGAGGUGCAGGAGCCCGACCUGGGCCACGUGCUGAAGUGUUACCAGGAUGCUGGCCUGCACUGCUUACGGCUGGGCCUCACGGGCAACGCUGGGCCCCAUGCCAUGGUCCGGGUGUCAGUGAACGGGGCUGUGGUUCUGGAGGAGCCUGUUGGGCAGCUGCGAGCCCUCUGGGAGGAGACGAGUUUCCAGCUGGACCGCCUGCAGGCAGAGCCAGACUGUGUGGCACAGGAGGAAAAGGGGCUGAAGGAGCGGACAGGGCCCAGCUACUGCCUGCCCCCCACCUUUCCCGUGUCUUCCAUGCCCCAGGAGCCUGGUGGCCCUGCCCCCCGAGUCGCCAUCUUGCGAGAGGAGGGUAGUAACGGAGACCGGGAGAUGGCUGAUGCCUUCCAUUUGGCCGGGUUUGAGGUGUGGGAUGUGACCAUGCAGGAUCUCUGCUCUGGGGCCAUCGGACUGGAUACCUUCCGGGGCGUGGCCUUCGUGGGUGGCUUCAGCUAUGCAGAUGUGCUGGGCUCUGCCAAAGGGUGGGCAGCUGCCGUGACCUUUCAUCCAAAGGCUGGGGCUGAGCUGAGGCGCUUCCGGAAGCGGCCAGACACCUUCAGCCUGGGCGUGUGCAAUGGCUGUCAGCUGCUGGCUCUGUUGGGCUGGGUCGGGGGCGACCCCAACGAGGAGGCCGGGGAGAUGGGCUGUGACCCUUGGCCAGCCCAGCCAGGCCUUCUGCUGCGCCACAACCUGUCUGGACGUUAUGAGUCUCGCUGGAACAGCGUGCGUGUUGGGCCUGGGCCGGCCCUGAUGCUGCGUGGGAUGGAGGGUGCAGUGCUGCCUGUUUGGAGCGCCCAUGGGGAAGGCUACAUGGCAUUUUCUUCCCCGGAACUCCAAGCCCAGAUCGAGGCCAGGGGCUUGGCUCCACUGCACUGGGCAGAUGAUGAUGGGAACCCCACGGAGCAAUACCCCCUUAAUCCCAAUGGCUCCCCAGGGGGCUUGGCUGGCGUCUGUUCCCCUGAUGGCCGCCACCUGGCACUCAUGCCUCACCCUGAGCGGGCUGUGAGGCCCUGGCAGUGGGCGUGGCGGCCCCCUCCAUUUGACACCCUGACCACCUCCCCCUGGCUCCAGCUCUUCAUCAAUGCCCGAAACUGGGUCCAGGAAGAAGGUUGCUGAGCAGGCCAGGGAGGCCCCCAGGACUCAUGUGUGUCCCCAGGGUGUCUGCUGCUCUUUCCCCCCAUCACCUGCAGGACCCCCUGUGUAUUUCCAAACCUAUCUUGGACAAGCAAGGACCAAAAUGCCAAAGAUGGCAGCUAGUUUUAUAAUCUGCCCAUUUUGCCUGUUUCCAGUUGCCCUGCUCUGUCUAACACGUUUUGUCUUCCGUGGGCCCAGGAAGCAGCAGGUGGUUCAGAGCGGAAGUUAGGAUGCAUCAGGGGGGCGGGGGGCCUCAUCCCAUUGGACCCACUUAACCUGUUAACCACCAUGUGCCUCAUGUCCCCUUGUCUGGGCUGUGAUGCCCUCUCUUUUUCAUUGGAGUUUAUGGGAUGGGCAAGUCAGCCCCUCAGGACCUCAGUGUUCUCGUUUAAAAAAUGGCAGAAGCUUUCUGGGUUUCCCUUCUAAAAUGCUGUGCUGUGCUAAGUGUAAGGGACUGUUUGCAGGAGUUUCUCUGAUGGUGCCUGGCCGUCUUGGCUGCUGUGGCCCUGGCCUCUGAGCUCAGCACCCUGAGUUUUGCUUCUCCUAGGUUAGCAGCUCCCAUUCUCCCAAGGUGGGUGUCAUCUCAACCCUUGAACUGAGCCUUUAGAUGUAUGAGUACUACAUCUUCCUUCACCAAAUGCUGUCAUUGCCCCCAGGGAGUUUAUGGUCCAAUGGAAUUUAAAAUAUUAGCCAUGUGUAUGUUCUAGGCAUUUUGUAUGUAUCUAAAUUAUUUCCCAUAAUUCAGCAAGGUACUUAAUAGCCAUUUUGACAGAGGAGGAAGUAAGGUUAAAUAAAUUGCCCAGGGUCACACAGCUUGUAAGUGGCAAAGCCAGGAUUUGAUUUGGGGCUGCCUUUGGAGAUCCUGGUGGUGUAGUGGUUAAGAGCUACAGCUGCUAACCAAAAGGUUGGCAGUUUGAAUCCACCAGGCACUCCUUGGAAACUAUGGGGCAGUUCUACUCUGUUUUAUAGGGCCCCUAUGGGUCAGAAUUGACUUGAUGGCAAGGAGUUUGUUUUUCCCCCAAGGCCAUUGCUUACCCAUGCUACAUUUCCUUCCCACCAUUAUGCUGUCCCACAUCCUGGAGACAACAUUAUCAAGAUUUCUCACUGACAGUUAUGUCCUAUGUCCACUGCUUCCUUCGUGUGCAUAUGUGUGUGUAUGAAGUCACUUCUCAUGGCUGUUUUGCAAACUCAAGACAUUUUGCCUCCUAAUAAAUUUUGUAGCUCAA